AUGAAAAUCGACAAAAAUAAUUGCAUUCAAUUACUUGAAUUUUAUUUCGAUAUUUCUUCAAAAGAAAAGAUUUCCGAAUGCAUUGAUUUUAUUUCAUCACAUUUCUAUGAAAUCAACAAAGAUCAACUCAAAACAAUUUCUAAAAAACUUGGAAUUGAUAUUCUUCAAAGAAUAUUUUGCAACGACAAACUUGAACUUGAUGGUGAAGAUUCAUUUGCUAAUUUCAUUAUUUCCCUUACGAAAGAAAGCAAAGAGUUCUAUCCUUUGAUCGAAAACAUUUAUUUUGAGUUUUGUAAUGAACAAACAAUUAAAGACAUCCAAAACUUAACAGAUACUAAUAAUUUCCAAAAUAUUGUGAACUCAUUCGGCGAUUCACUAUUGAGAAUAAAGAAUCACAGCUCUAAAAACAGAAAUAAGUUUAUUGUUACAUUAGUCACAAAUUAUUUUGAAAGCGGAGAUGUCGAAAUGUCUGCUUCAUCUAUAGAUUAUAGCAAGUCCAUUGACAUAAUUAAUAAGUAUAGAAGUGACGAUUAUUUCAUAACUCAAAAUAUUCCUAAUUCAUGGGUUCAAUGGAAGAUAAAACAAAAUUAUUCAAUUCAACCCACUGAAUAUAUUGUUAGAACUGUGCCAAAUAACAAGGGUUACAGUGGCUGCCAUCUUCAAACAUGGAAAAUUGAAGGAACAACUAUUAAUGGAGAAACAAAAGUUCUUCAUGAAGUAAAUAAAUCACCUCUUAUUAAAGGAGAAAUCCGUAAAUAUCAUUUAAAUACAGAAGACAAAUUUAUAUCAUUCAAAUUUGUCCAAACAGACAAAAAUUAUUCCGAUAAUGAUUAUUUAGUUCUAGAUGUUUUUGACUUUUCAGGAAAUUUAUAUGAAAAUAUAAAGUAG